UGGGAGCUGCAGAGGCCAGAAGCCCGGGAGCUCGGGAAAGCGUGAGCGCCGGCGGUCCCGGGCGGGCGGGCUUCAGCGGUCAGGGGAGGAGGGGAUUGAGGGCUAAGAGCGAGGGAAGCCUACCUGGAAGCGUGCUCUCUGUCCUCUCCGGAUUCGAAAAUGGGUGAGUUGCCCUUGGAUAUCAAUAUUCAGGAACCUCGCUGGGACCAAAGCACUUUCCUGGGCAGAGCCCGGCACUUCUUCACUGUUACUGACCCCCGAAAUCUGCUGCUGUCCGGAGCACAACUGGAAGCUUCCCGGAACAUCGUGCAGAACUACAGGGCUGGCGUGGUGACGCCUGGGCUCACCGAGGACCAGCUGUGGAGGGCCAAGUAUGCGUACGACUCUGCCUUCCAUCCGGACACAGGGGAGAAGAUGGUCCUGAUUGGCCGUAUGUCAGCGCAGGUGCCCAUGAACAUGACCAUCACUGGCUGCAUGCUCACCUUCUACAGGCAGACCCCGACGGUGGUGUUCUGGCAGUGGGUGAAUCAGUCCUUCAAUGCUGUUGUUAACUACUCCAACCGCAGUGGCGAUGCUCCCAUCUCUGUGGGGCAGCUGGGGACAGCUUACGUGAGUGCCACCACCGGUGCCGUGGUCACAGCCCUGGGGCUCAAAUCCCUCACCAAGCACCUGCCCCCCCUGGUCGGCAGAUUUGUGCCCUUUGCAGCUGUGGCAGCCGCCAACUGCAUCAACACCCCCCUGAUGAGGCAGAGGGAACUGCAGGUGGGCAUCCCAGUAACUGAUGAGGACAGUCAGAGACUUGGCCACUCGGUGGCUGCGGCCAAGCAGGGAAUCUUCCAGGUGGUGAUAUCGAGAAUCUGCAUGGCCAUUCCUGCCAUGGCCAUUCCCCCCGUGAUCAUGGACACUCUGGAGAAGAAAGACUUCCUAAAGUGUCGCCCCUGGCUGGGGGCUCCCCUGCAGGUGGGACUGGUGGGCUUCUGCCUGGUAUUUGCCACCCCCUUGUGCUGUGCCCUGUUCCCCCAGAGAAGCUCCUUACACGUGAGCAGGCUGGAGCCAGAGCUGAGAGCUCGGAUCCGUGAGCAAAACCCUGACAUCGAAGUGGUUUACUACAACAAGGGGCUUUGAGGGAGGGUCGGCCCAUGGCCCCCUCCCUCACCUCCUUGGGCUGCUGCUUUAGUGGCGCCUUCCCUCCCCUUACCUUGCCCAUCUGCCUGGUACUGGGUGGGGGCUGCGUGGGGGCAUGGCCAGUGAGACCAGCAAUCCAUUAGGCUGAGAGAGGUGCCACCGUCCAGCCUUUUUCUCUCCUCCCUGGUUUCAAAGAGCAGGGUCACAUAAUCCCUUUCUCCUGGGCUUCUCUGUCUACGUGCAUACAUACACAAUACGUGUGCAUAAGUGUGUGUGUGUGUACGUGCUGUCCUGGAAGCUAGGAACAGACACGCUGUCCUAGGGUGUCCUGAUAUCUGGCUUCUCUCGGCAUCUUGCCACCUGUCAGCCAGCCAGGCUACAGGACUUCCCUGCUCAACAGUUCUACCAGCCCAGUCAUUUCUAGCAGCACCUCGCCCCUUCUGGACGCACAAGGAGCCCCGGGAUCUCAGCACAGAGACUGAGAGACACUGGCAGGCCAAACUGGGCCGACUCCUUCAGAUUUCUGGUUCCUAGCUCCCAAAGCUGACCCGGGAGCUGGGCUGGCAGAGGAAGACGUAUCAGGAUAAGGGAAACAGGGUGGUUUAGGCAUCCCCCACAUCCUGACAUAGAGAAGUUCGUCUUCUCUCCUCUAUGAGAACAAAGGGGCACCAGGAUCCUGUAGCACUCCCGCCAUCUUCCCGUCUCCCCACACUGCAGGGUGGGCACCCUUUUGUACAAUCUUAGGAGUUCUUGGUCUGCUCUGACGUUAUAACCUCAGAUCUACACCUAGAGUCCCAACUCCCUCCCCACACCACAAA